AUGGCCAAGGUGGAGCCGGUGGCUGACCGAUGCUGCUCCCGGAGCAGUGGAGACAUUUACAGGGGCUCUGGUAGCCAGAACUUCUGGUCUAAGAGGCUCAACAGGGUGCAACGUCCUCUCGUGCCGCUGGCGCCGCGGGUCCGUGGCAUCCGCGGGGACCCCGCCCCCGCCCCCCGCGCGCGCGGCCCGAGCCACCCGGUGGGGUUUCUGCGCGCUGACGUGGGCGGAUCAAAGCAGCUGCCGGUUCCUUAUAAAGCAGUUCGGGCUGCCAGCGCCGGGAGACCGUGCCGGGUGAGGAGCGGAGCUCGGGCGAGUCAGCGAGCGCAGGCCCCGGGAGCCGAGCUCCCUCCAGUCCCCGCGGGACCCCAGCCGGCCGCGGCUCGCCAGGAUCACGGGUGUCCUUUCCAGGCAGCUCGCGAAGAGGACGCCCUCGCCUCCUGCCCAGCCCGGAGAGCGCUUGGGUCCUCCAGGGGCCGCGCUCGCAGCUCCCUGACCCUCCAGGCGCAGGCUGAGGGUGACCCAGCGGCCCUCGCGGCUGUCCUAGACACUCUGACAGUGGGCAGGAAUAAUUGCCAGGACCCAGAGGCCCAGACCGGGAGCCGCCUCCCCCAGAGACGUGCCAGGGCAGCGAAGGGAGAAGCCCAGGACCACCGGGGCCGCUCCGAAACAGCCAGGGAUAGCCUGGAGGCCUGGGUCCCGGUGCGCACCCGCGCGGCCCCCUUCUCUCUCUGCGCGCGUUGGGCUGGACACGGAUCCCCUGCGGACGCCGCCUGGCGGCCAGAGGCGGCAUCCCGCCGGCCCCGUGAGCUUCCCGACUUAGCCAAGGCCAGGCCGCCCCGCCUCGGAUCCGGCCUGGGCACCAUCCGACCCUCCAAGAGGUCACCGCUAGAGGAACUAGGAAACUCAGGACUCUGA